AUGGAGUUCGCUUGGUCGAUGGCGGCGGCGGCCAGCACGCCUUUCCCCAAUACCUACCGACGACCCAAACCUCCCGCUCGCUCCCAAUCUACUCAGGUCAAGUCGACCAUCAAAAGGGGUCGCAUUCCAGGCCACUCGAGAGCCUCCAGCACCAGCUCCCACGGCAAGUCGUCGCACGAGACGCCGCGGCAGCCGGAUCUGCAACUGCAUCACCCCGCCGUUACAGCCGCAGGCGCAGGAACUGGCACCGGCACGGGUGUUGUAGGUGGCGUUGUUGGUGGUGCUGCUGCUGCUAAUACUACUACUACUAGCAUUGCUAGGAGUGGAGGGACAGCGGCGGCAAUUGGAACUGGAACUGGAACAAGAUCCGACGGCGAUCAUCAGCGGGAGCGGAUGAACAGCAACAGCCUCAGCAACAAUAGCAACACCACCAGGAAGAUCACCUCGUCCUUCUUCUUCUCCUCCUCCUCCUCCUCCCAGUCCCAGAACCAGAACAAGAACAAAGAACUGCCCGCCGUGCCCUCUGCGGCGGAAGACUCUGACGGGACCUCGCCUGGGCCCUACGCUCGCCACGACUUCGCCGCUGACGGCUACAGCGCAAUUGGCGUCGCCAUCUCGCCUGGCCUCCCCUCCCCCUCACCCUCACCGGCUUUCGCCCCGACGAGGUCCUACACCGCGCCUCCCACCGCCAAGCUGCCACUACCACCUCAGCCUGGCGGCGGCGGCCCCUUAUUAGCCGAUACCGAGCGACGACUACCACAUCAACAGCAACAGCAGCAGCAGCAACACCAUGCCGCCAUGCCUCCAGAGACUGGCACGCUCAACAAGAUCAAUGUGCCCUUCGUCAGUACCGAUAGCGUGUCGAGCACGUCCAAUCUCACCACCUUCAGCAGCCGGACUAUGAUCUCCAGCGAGGCCCCCUCCAGUGCUGACGGCGCCUCAGCACUGUCCCAGCGCCAGCACAAGCCGUUCGUCGUUCGCAAUGGCCGUACCUACCUUGCCGACCCCCAACUUCCGUACCCUCUACCCGUCGACCUCGCCGAAACACACCGGCAAUCGCUCCGGACAUUGCUGCUCUUCCAGCUGUUCAGCGGCCCAGUAUGCUCUCCGACCUUCGCAAACAAGCCGCCGACGAGAGUGCUGGAGGUGGGCUGCGGCUCGGGCUUCUGGAGCAUGAUGUGCCACCGGUACUAUGCACGCCACGGGCACUCCAACAUCUCGUUCACGGGCAUUGAUAUUGCGCCAAUCGGGCUCGGUGCCAGCCAAACCAGCGCUGGCAGUCAGCCUGUCUCUCGCGCCUCUGCGGCAUCGACUCCCGACGGCAAACCCGACAAGGACAUGAAAUGGCGAUUCGUGCAACACGAUUUGCGAAAGCUGCCAUGGCCCUUCCCCGACGAGGAGUUCGACCUCGUCAUGGCCAAGGACCUCUCGCUGGCUAUCACGAGCCCAAUGCAGCAGGCGGUCAUCGACGAGUACCUGCGCAUUCUACGACCUGGCGGUGUGCUGGAGAUCUGGGAGAGCGAUCACACCAUAAGGAUGCUGAGACCCCACGUACCGGAGCCCUCGUCUACGUCAUCAUCAUCUACAAAUCCGUCUUCCACCGGUCACAACGAUGAUGAGGAAGAGCAUGAGGCAGCUGCCAGUAUUGGCGCUUACAUCAUGACAUCAAACACACCACUGUCGGCACCGUUGAACAACUUCAUUGUCGAGUACAACAGCUGGGUCAGCAAGGCCAUUGAGCAGCGUGCUCUGUGUGCCGUCCCUUGCGCAAUUACUGGACCUAUGUUGCUGCAGGAAUCGGAGGCUCUGACGGGCAUUGGAUCCCGUCGCCUGGCUGUGCCUCUCAGCGAAGUCCGCUGGGAGCGUGAAGGUGUGGGCGGUGUUGUCACUAAGGAUGGCAAGAGCUACAUCGAGACAAAGGGCAAGGCACGCGACGCGGAGAGUAAUCGAAAGGCUCUGACGGCCGGCCAGGCGGCACUGCGUAAGACGGCGCUGCUCACAGUCGUGCAGCAGAUCCAGAGCUUAGAGCCUCUCCUGCGGGACGUCAGCGGCAAGAGCCAGGACGAAUGGGACGGGUGGCUCGGCAAGAUGAUGAAUGACCUGAUGAAAGAGAACGGCACGUCUUGGGGCGAGUGUCUGGAGGUUGGCGCCUGGUGGGCCAGGAAGAAGAAGACGGCAUGA